AAAGAAACUGCAACAAGGACUCUCUAUUUGCUCUUUCCUUCAGUUUCUCUAAUUUGGGGGGUUAAAACAUAUAAAAGGAAAACCCAAAUUCCGAGUAAGAAAAUUAAUACCAAAGUUGAAAUUUUUACAUCACACCUCAUCUUUUCUGCCUUAUAAAAGGGUGAGGAACGGUUUCAUUUGAAAAACGCACCACACACACACACUCUGUGAAGACCAUUCACGUGCCUUUCCUUGUUCUCUUCUCUUCUCUUACGUUUUCUCUUUGUUUCCCAAGAAAAACGUAAUUGGGUUUUUCUCAUUUUAAGGCCUUCCUCAGGCGGUGGUUGGUGUAUUUUUGUGGGGUUGUCUCUAUAUAAAGGACCCUUACGCUCACUUUUCAUCCAAAGUGGUGAUUUUUAUACCAAAGGUUUUAGUUUUGGGUUGGUGAGAGUAGAAUGGAAGGGAAUAAGCAAAAGGCUACUUCUUCAUCUUUCACUCCUGAGCUCUUUGGGUCUCACCCUUCUUCCUCUUCUGGGAUUUUUGGGUCCAUUUUUUCUCCUCCAUCGUCUAAGGUGCUAGGGAGAGAAUCUUUGCGCCCUGAACUGAAUGGCAAAAUUGCCAAUGAAACCUGGACCUCCAAAAUUGGUAUUCAAGAUCAAUUCUCCAAGGGCUAUGAUAGCAAAGCCAAGGAUGCUAUGAACAAGGAGAUAAGUUCCAUCUAUCAGAAUCAAAGAGUUCAACCAUGUCAGCUUAGUUCAUCAAUUCUUUAUGGUGGCCAGGAGAUCUAUUCUACUCAUCAGAAUACAGAGAAUGAGGGAUUUAACUCUUUUAAGUACAAGAAUGAUGGAGGUGAAAAUGAUUCAGAAAUUGCUUCAAGAGGAGACUGGUGGCAAGGAUCUCUCUAUUAUUAAAGAUCAUUCUUGCCAACAUAUGUGCUCCCCAAGGUACAUAGCAGGAUAGUGUAGCAGUAUAGUCCAUCUUUUGUUUUAUGGAAGAACUAUACAGUGGUGAAAAGGGUUGUGAACAACUAUUUGCUUUCUCCGGCUUUGACAUAAUCAUGUUAUGAAUCUAUAAUCAUUUGCGUUUCUUUUCUUUAUUCUACUGUAAAUGGCAUUAUGCCUAGUCAUCCUAUCGCAAAAGUUAUAUAGGAAGUUUAUGCAUUAUCAGCUACUCUUGUGGCUGAAGCUUUGCAAUUAUUUACUUUAACGGAAGAAACUCUUUACUUGCUUCAUCUCUA